GAGAGAGAAAGAAAACUUGAAACAUGUUGAAAUUGGCUAUUUUGUUCAGUGAAAUUGGGAUGUUCUUCGCUUGGAAAGAAGUUUAGGAGGUGAAUUACAGGGACUUUUAGUUCCUUUGCAGAGGAUUUGAUAGGAAAAUGGCUUACCAAAGAAGGGGGUCUGAUCAGCAGCCGCAGAGGCGGAUUCUGCGGACUCAGACCGCUGGUAAUCUAGGGGAGUCUAUGAUGGAUAGUGAGGUAGUACCAUCAUCUCUGGUUGAAAUUGCACCAAUUCUUCGUGUUGCCAACGAAGUCGAGGGCAGCAACCCCCGGGUUGCUUACCUAUGUCGGUUUUAUGCAUUUGAGAAAGCACACAGACUGGAUCCAACAUCAAGUGGACGUGGAGUUCGACAGUUUAAAACUGCCCUUCUUCAGCGCUUAGAAAAGGAAAAUGAAUCGACAGUUGCAGGACGUACAAAAAGUGAUGCUCGUGAAAUGCAAAGUUUUUACCAGCACUACUACCGAAAGUAUAUCCAGGCAUUGCAGAAUGCUUCUGAUAAAGCUGAUCGUGCCCGGCUUACAAAGGCAUAUCAGACUGCUGCGGUGCUAUUUGAGGUUUUGAAAGCUGUUAAUUUGACAGAAUCUGUUGAAGUGGCUGAUGAGAUUUUGGAAGCUCACACUAAGGUUGCGGAAAAGACAGAGAUAUAUGUGCCCUUUAAUAUACUUCCUCUUGACCCUGACAGUUCAAAUCAGGCAAUUAUGAGAUACCCUGAGAUUCAAGCUUCUGUUACUGCGCUUCGUAAUACCAGGGGUCUUCCAUGGCCAAAGGGUCACAAGAAGAAAGUAGAUGAAGACAUUCUAGACUGGCUUCAGGCUAUGUUUGGUUUUCAGAAAGAUAAUGUGGCAAAUCAAAGGGAACACCUAAUUUUAUUGCUUGCAAAUGUGCACAUUCGACAGUUCCCAAAGCCUGAUCAGCAACCUAAGUUGGAUGACUGCGCACUGACAGAAGUCAUGAAGAAACUCUUCAAAAACUACAAAAAAUGGUGCAAAUACCUUGGUCGCAAAAGUAGCCUUUGGUUGCCAACCAUUCAGCAGGAAGUGCAGCAACGGAAACUGUUGUAUAUGGGUCUAUAUCUUCUCAUAUGGGGCGAAGCUGCAAACUUGAGAUUUAUGCCGGAAUGCCUAUGCUAUAUUUAUCAUCAUCACCCCAAAUCCUUCAUAAACUCCACACAAUCACCUGAGCCCAGUGUCGACAGCAAAGGAGUAAACACAAAGAGGCUUGCCGGUGGUGAACCAGUCGAGCCAAAGUUCAAGAAACCUCCACUAUCGAAAACUAUUGGACAAUCCACCAGAGUCCUUCACCCCAAAUCCUUCAUAAACUCCACACAAUCACCUGAGCCCAGUGUCGACAGCAAAGGAGUAAACACAAAGAGGCUUGCCGGUGGUGAACCAGUCGAGCCAAAGUUCAAGAAACCUCCACUAUCGAAAACUAUUGGACAAUCCACCAGAGUCCUUGUAUACUCCCGUCGGCACCCAUAA